AUGGAUCAAGCUCUGUGGUCUUUCCUUCAAAGCAGCCCUGAAACUUCCGUCCCUUACCCAUGGGAGCGUUGCUUUGAUGUUAGGUUGCAGACCCAAGUCCUGUUCUACAAGAACAUAUCAAACAGGUCAAUGGUGGUUGAUCUAAGGAGCCAGGUGAAUCUGGGAGGUGGUCUUUUCCAUCUGAGCAGCAUGUGGCAUGACCGCACCGGCCACAGCUACGAUCAUCGUCCUCUCUUAUUUGCUAAUCAAUACGACCAAGAACCUCCAUUCCUCAUUGCGGCUACCUGUUGUGGCCCCCUGGUGUAUUUGCUUGUGCCGGAAAUGGUCCACCGCUGCCCUCUCUGUGAUUCUUUGGUGCUUUAUAUCGGUUAA